AUGACUGCGAAGGGUUCCUUUGGAACUAACAGUAACAGUUUUCUUCGAAAUACUGCUGAAUGUGUCAACUUAUCCCGUCGACUGCAAGAAAUAUUCAACGGUAGCUCCUGGAUUGGUAACAAACAAUCUAACAAAUUGGAAGCUUCUUUAGAAGGUUGGGAAGCUGUACUCUUAAUGGCUGGCUUCGGCCUUUUUGCUGCUGGGCUUGCUCAAGUUUUCAACAUUCUCCGAAGAUACUUUUAUCAGUCUCAUGACAAUCUAGACACAGCGUUUGACGCAGGUGGGAAAGUGUCCGUCGGGUUGACAGCUACAACAAUAGUGUCUCAGUGGACCUGGGCAGCAACUCUGUUACAGUCAUCGGCCGUGGCAAGCAAGUAUGGGAUCAGUGGUCCCUUCUGGUACGCUUCUGGAGCAACAGUACAGAUCUUAUUAUUUGCUAUGCUGUCAGUGCAGUUGAAGAUUCGAGCUCCAGGAGCAAAGACAUUUCUGCAGCUCAUCAAAGCAAGAUUUGGAACCAAAGCUCAUCUGACAUUCUGUGGUUAUGCUUUUCUUACAAACAUGAUUGUUACCGCCAUGCUUAUGUUAGGUGGAAUAGCUGUUAUGACCACACUAGUUCGCGGGUUUUCUGUGGAGUAUGGAAUGCUAGUUGUAGUAACUGUCAUCGGAACCUACACGUGGAUUGGUGGAUUAGGCGCUACGUUCUAUGUCUCUUAUUUUAAUACCGCUCUGAUCUUUAUCAUAAUGUUAAUCUUUGCUUUUGCUGUUUACAAUUUAGACAACUCUGUUGGAGGACUUCUUGGUUCUACAGAAAAAGUGUAUGAACUAUUGAACUGUGCUGUUGGUCCAGAAGGAAACGAAAACAGGAGUUACCUGACCAUGUUGUCUCAGAAUGGUCUAAUCUUUGGUAUCAUUAAUAUUGUAGGAAACUUUGGAACAGUGUUUGUUGACCAAUCCUACUGGCAGAGUAGUGUGGCAGCUAAGCCUAAAGAUGGUGUAUGGGGUUUUCUGGCUGGUGGACUGGUAUGGUUUGCAGUACCUUUCACCUUUGCGACUACGAUGGGAUUGGCUUAUGUUGCCUUAAGUUCAGCCAACGGAAAACCAUUGUUAGAGCCAAAUCAGGUUGAUCAAGGUCUUGUGCCACCAGUUGUUGCAAGUUUAAUUAUGGGAAGGUUUGGCGAAUUUCUUAUUUUACUUAUGAUUCUAAUGGCUGUGACGUCAACAGGAUCGGCAGAAGUUAUUGCUGUAACGUCCCUUCUCGUCUACGAUGUAUAUCAGUUCUACUUAAAGCCUUUCCGUACCACCACCGACGUGAAUAGCUGUAUUCUGUGUGGAAAGCAGCGAGGACGGUGGGCCAAUCCUCGAGAUAUGUGUAUCUGUGAAAGCAUGACUUUCUGCAAACCUUGCAAAGAAGAUGACAGGUCCAGGAACAACAGCAAAAGACCUGUGAAGCCGAAGUUCAAGUGUAGAACACACGGAGAAUUCCGAGAGUACUACGAAAUUCUAGGAGGCCUGAAGAAUUGGUGCAUGCUUUUGUCUAGCCUCGCCAUAAUCCCUUUGACUGCUGCAUUAAACAUUACUGGUAUCAGCUUGGGCUGGCUUUAUCUUUUCAUGGGCGUCCUUAUUGGAUCUGCUGUAAUUCCCAUCAGUCUAUGUGUAUUUUCUGAAAGACUAACAGGCGCCGCCAUGAUGUCUGGAGCGAUAGGAGGCUCUGUUGUAGGCCUAACAACAUGGAUGUCUAUAGCUUCUCAAUAUGAUGGGGGACUGAGUUCCAUUUCUUUUUUGGAAAACACCGGAAAAGAGCAGAGUAUGUUGUGGGGGAAUGUUGUGUCUAUUUUAUCCGGAGGAAUAAUAACCAUUGUGGUCAGUAUAAUCCAAAACUUUCGGAUGGAUUCGUCCCGAAAGAGUGAAAUUUGGGAGAGUACGAGAGACAUUGACAAUCCACUUUUCCCAUGGACUGAGCUAUAUGCACGAGAACUUAAUGUAACUGGUGCUAACAAACUUGGAAACAGGCCAACGUUAGAAGAGGUAGAAAAAACGUUUCGUAGUGCUAAAUGGAUAGCAAACAUUGGCGCUCUAGUUUUAACCCUAGUGUUGAUUAUCAUCUGGCCUGCUGGAAUGGUGGCUGCAAAUGUUCAGAACCACUCCUCUUUUCGCAAUUGGGUCAGGAUUUCACAAGCAUGGGCUUUUCUGGCAGCUUUGUUCAUCAUAAUUAUACCUGUGUAUAAUGAAAUGAUGACAUUUAAAGAGCAGCGCCGUUUAAAUGCUACCGUAGGUGAUUCGAUAGUGGAGCCGAGGAAAGUACGCGAAGUUUCGGGAAAUCUUGCGACACCUGAAGGAACAAACUUGAAUAAAAGAGGGAGCCAACUAACUCUUAAAGAUAUGGAAAACACUGAAAAGAUAAUUAUUACCAUUCCGGAUGAGGAAAAAAAUGUCAUUCCAAAGGUCCAACCGUUUUUGGUAGAAGAUUCUGAAGAAGAUACCUUGAAUCGGACUUUGAAAUAA